CAUUUAUUACUCUUCACGUUUAAGCUGACAAAAAUUAAAUUUACCAUAAUGAGAAGGUGACUGUUUUUAAUCAAUGUGUUGCAUACACUUCUCACAUAAAAAAUGCAUAUUUUCCCCCUUUUUUUUUUCUUUUAUUUCUUUUUAGCUUGAAAACAAUAUGUCUACUCUCACUAGUAAAGAUCACCUUGUUCAACGUCAUCCUACCGCCAUUGUAAAAACAAGCACAGAGUAUAAGAAUAAUGUUGAAGAAUGGCAAGUGCUGCUUGACGAGUUAAAAGAACGACUUAAAGAGGCUACUGGAGAGGGAAAACCCAAGAGUAUUGCUCUUCACAGAAAGCGUGGUCAAUUAUCUGCUCGUGAACGUCUGGAAUUGUUGCUCGAUGAAGAUUCUCCUUUUCUCGAAUUGUGUGCUCUUGCUGGUUAUGAUCAAGAUGAAAUGACGUUAGGAGGAUCACUUGUAUGUGGUAUAGGUCUGGUUAGCGGUGUACUUUGUAUUGUUUCAGCCAAUGUUGCUACAAUGGCGGGUGGUGCAAUGAAUGAAACCUCGGCUUUGAAAGGUUCCCGUCUUGGUCAAAUUGCAAUGCAAAAUAAGCUGCCUUCUGUCUCAUUCAUACAAUCUGCUGGGGCAAACUUACAACAGCAGUUUCGCGUGUUCCAUAGAGGCGGCAGCUCUUUCAGAAAUCAAGCAAUUCAAUCUAAAGCUGGUGUUCCGUCUUGCUGUGUUGUAUUUGGUAGCUCAACCGCUGGUGGUGCAUACACCCCCGGAAUGAGUGAUUAUGUAAUCAUGGUCAAGAAACAAGCGCAAGUUUUUCUGGGCGGUCCUCCCUUAGUUCAAAUGGCUACGGGUGAAAUUACAGACUCUGAAAGUCUUGGUGGUGCGGACAUGCAUUCUCGAGUAUCUGGAGUAAGCGACCAAUUAGCCAAUGAUGAAUUUGAUGGUAUUCGUAAAGCCCGUGACUGGGUUGCAAACUUGAAUUGGGAACAAAAAGGCAAUUUACCUCCUAGGCAUUUGAAGGGUGAAUACGAAGAGCCUUAUUAUUCUCCAGAGGAACUACUUGGUAUUGUAUCUGCAAACAUUCGUGUUCCGUUUGAUGCCACUGAAGUAAUCAUUCGUCUCGUUGAUGGAUCUCGGUUUACAGCCUUCAAACCAAAUUAUGGCGGGAACUUGGUUUGUGGUUGGGCAUUUAUCCAUGGUAUUCCUGUCGGAAUUUUGGCUAACAAUAAUGUCAUUUUUAAUCAAGAGGCGAAUAAAGCUACCCAGUUUAUUCAACUUUGUAAUAUGAAAAAUACUCCUUUGAUAUAUCUACAAAAUAUAACUGGCUUCAUGGUGGGUAAGAGGUACGAAGAAGAAGGCAUUAUUAAGGCUGGUUCCCGAUUUAUCAAUGCUGUUUCCAAUUCUGCUGUUCCUGCUAUUACUAUUAUGAUGGGCGCCAGUUACGGUGCAGGCAACUACGCGAUGUGCGGUCGUGCUUAUGACCCUCGCUUUUUAUUCUCCUGGCCCAAUUCCAAGUGUUCCGUUAUGGGAGCGGAACAAUUAACUGGCGUUCUGGAUCUAGUCAUGCGCCAAGGUGCAGCAAGAAUGAAUCUAGAAAUCGACGAAGAGCUGGCCAAUGAUAGAAAGGCCAUGUUCCAGGCAUCAGUUGAAGCCGAGUCAGAUGUCUAUUACACUUCAUCGCGUCUGUUAGACGAUGGUAUUAUUGAUCCGCGAGAUACGCGUACUGUCCUUGGGUACUGUCUCGCAGCAAUUUAUAACACUAAGGUUGAAGGUGGCAACCUUUAUGGUGUUAGUCGAAUGUAAAGCUGUUUAUUUUUAACCAAAUGAGAUUAAAUAAAACCUUUUUUCCCUACUGUAAAAAAUAAAGACGCCAAUAUUAUAAAGCUUAUUCAGAAAAAA